ACUACACUAGCGGUAAACAUGUCGGCGGCUGGAGGCUCGACCGCCGCCUUUUAAGCAAAUAAUUCCACCACCAUUAACAUUUAAAGAUGCUCUGCUGAAACCUUCUACUCUGUAUAUACCGAAACAAUCAGCUUCACGAUGUCAUCAGACGGAGAGCUCAACACGGACGGCGCAGACGACAACAAACUGGUCAGACCAAAGGUAGAGUUCCAGACUUUACUGCAACAUGCAGGAGCAACUAAAGAAGUUUUCACCAUGAAGGAGGUGAUGUUCUACCUGGGUCAGUACAUCAUCCAGAAGCAGCUGUACGACCAGAAGCAGCAGCACAUCGUCCACUGCUCCCAGGAUGCACUGGGGCGGGUGCUGGGAGUCGACAGCUUCUCUGUUAAAGAGCCACGAGUUCUGUUUGCUAUGAUCACCAAGAACCUGGUGGCCGUGAAGAACCAAGACUCGCCGCCGAGCUCGGUCGAACCACACAGCGACACUCAGACAGACAGAGGGACGGAGGAGGCAGAUUCAGGAAGUCGCUCUUCAUCACCAGACAGAAGAGGAAGAAGAAGAAGGAGGAGGAGGAGCUGUAGGAGCAGUGACCCGGGGCCUUCAGACAGCUUAGAGGGCAACGAAGAGGAGGAGGAGUCGGGGGAGGAAGGGGAAGGGAGGAAGAGGAGGCGGUCCGACAGCUACUCCCUGACCUUCGACGAAAGCCUGUCGUGGUGCGUGAUCGGAGGACUGGCGAGUGUACGGGACAGACACAGCAGCCAGUCAUCAGAGUCACACAGCACGUCUGGGAGGUCGGAGGUCACCGUUGCAGCCUCGGACUCGGAAAGCGACAACUUCAGCGUCGAGUUUGAGGUCGAGUCCGUCGACUCUGACGACUACAAUGAAGACGACGCCUCUCUGUCUGCAGACGACCAGGUAUACGAGGUCACCAUCAUUGAGGCAGAGGAGAACGACUCCUUCGAUGAAGACACCGAGAUCACUGAAGCUGACUACUGGCGCUGUGCCAAGUGUGACGAGUUGAACCCACCUCUCCCCAGAAACUGUCUCCGCUGUUGGACGCUCCGUCAGGAUUGGCUGUCCGACGUGUCCCUCGACCUGACAAAGCCCGCCUCCUCCAGCCCGAAAGCCCUUCCCCCGAAGCCAACCGACCAAUCAGAAGCCAAAGAAACUCCAGGUUCUGAUGUCGAGGAGAACGAAGGAGUCGACGUCCCGGACGGUAAAAGAGCCAAAACUCCUCUCCCGUCUCAGUGCCACUCAGACUCCUCCCUCUCUGCUCUGGACUCCUCCGCUCCCAACUCUCAGGAUCUCCUCUCGUCCUCCCAGCCUUCCUCCUCCUCCUCCUCAUCCUCACAGCAGAAGCUCUGGACUCCAGACUCCCAGCCUUCCUCCUCCAUGGACUCCCAGGAGCUUCUCCCGUCCUCCCCCACCAUCACGCCACCUAUUGUUCUCCCCGAGCUGGAGCGCAGCGUGUCGGCGGAGUGGCGUCUGCCGGACUCGUGUCUGGACCCGUGUCUCAUCUGUCAGUCCCGGCCGAAGAACGGCUGCAUCGUCCACGGGAGGACGGGUCACCUGAUGUCCUGCUACGUCUGCGCCCGCAAGCUGAAGAAGAGGAACAAGCUGUGUCCGGUCUGCAGGCUGCCCAUCCAGUCCGUCAUCCUCACCUACCUCAGCUGAGACUCCCAGUCUGUCCUCCCAGUCUGUCCUCCCAGUCUGUCCUCAG